AUGGCAAGCGCCACCACGCCCAUCCUUCCCGCUGAGGGCAAGCGCAACGUCUUGAUCACCAGCGCUCUCCCCUACUCCAACAACCUGCCACACUUGGGCAACGUCAUUGGCAGUGUUCUGUCAGCCGACUUGUACGCCCGAUACUGCAGAGCCAGAGGAUACCAGACUCUGUACGUUUGCGGCACUGAUCAAUACGGCACCGCUACCGAAACAAAGGCCCUCGAGGAAGGCACCGACCCUGCUUCCCUUUGCGCCAAGUACCAUGCCCUUCACAAGUCCAUCUACGACUGGUUCCGCAUUGAUUUCGAUAUUUUCGACAAGACGCCGACGCAACACCAGACCGACAUCGUACAAGACAUCUUUACCAAGCUUUGGAAGAAUGGCUACAUUUACGAAGAUGAGACCAUUCAGCCGUUUUGUCCCGUAGAGUCCCACAAUACUUUCCUUGCCGACCGUUUCGUCGAGGGCGAAUGCUCCAUCUGUGGUGACAAGGGCGCCCGUGGCGACCAGUGCGACGCCUGCGGCUCUAUUCUCGAUCCUCUCAAGCCCGAAGAAACGGGAGCCGUCGACGGAGACGCGGCCAUUGAAGUCAAGGCUACCGGCUGGCUGGUCAACCCCCGCUGCAAGGUCGACGGCACAGCUCCCGAAGCCCGCAAGACGAAGCACCUUUAUCUGAAGCUCGAUGACAUCUCGGAGGAGCUGAAAGCUUGGUACAAGACCACCGCCGAUAACGGCUGGAGCACAAACGCCAAAGCCAUUACCCAAUCUUGGAUUGACAAGGGUCUCAAGCCUCGUGCCAUCUCCCGAGAUCUGAAGUGGGGUGUCCCAAUCCCUGCUGUAGAAGGCUUAAACGUUGAAGACUAUGCUCGCAAGGUCUUUUACGUCUGGUUCGAUGCCUGCAUUGGCUACAUAUCCAUCACCAAGACUUAUACUGAUGGUGACAACCGAGACGGCAAGAACUGGGAGAAGUGGUGGAAGAACCCCGAGAACGUCGAGCUUAUGCAAUUCCAGGGUAAGGAUAACGUUGGUUUCCACAGCAUCGUUUUCCCUUCUUCUUUGCUUGGUACCAAGGAGAACUGGACCAAGGUAACCAGAAUCUCCGCUACGGAGUACCUCAACUACGAACAGGGGAAGUUCUCCAAGUCUCGCGGUAUCGGCGUGUUUGGCAACAACGCCAAGGAUACUGGCAUUGACCCUGACAUCUGGCGAUUCUAUCUGCUCUCUCGCCGUCCCGAACUGGCAGAUUCGGAAUUCAAGUGGGAAGAAUUCAUUGAUGUCAACAACAACGAAUUGCUCAAGAAUGUUGGCAAUUUCAUCCAGCGUACCCUGAAAUUCUGUGUGGCUAAGAUGGAUAGCACUGUCCCCGCCGCUACCGUCAGCAACGAUGUUAUCGAGUCGCACAAGCAGUCAGCUAAUCAGAUACUUGCCUCAUACAUUGAACAUCAGGAGGCCAACAAGAUGCGCAUUGGUAUUUCCGAUAUUCUCACCUUUUCAGCUCUCGGAAACAAGUUCCUUCAGGACAAUGGCUUGAACAACAAGCUCUUGGCUGAGGAACCGGAACUUUGCAACACAGUUAUCAAUGUUGCCAUCAACCAUGUGCACCUCUUGGCCGGCCUGCUCUACCCUUAUAUGCCCACUACGGCUGAAUCCAUCUUCCAGCAGCUUGGUCAGGAGCCAAACCCAUUCAUUCCCGAUGUCUUUGGCUUUACCGCCGUCCCUGUUGGUCACAAGAUUGGCACCCCUGGUCCUCUCUUCUCCGUCAUUCCUGCUGCCAAGCUCGAUGAGUGGCGCGAUGCCUACGGUGGCGCAGAGCUGAAGAAACAAAAGGCCAUUGAGGCGGAGAAGGCCGCGGCGAAGAAGGCGAAGAAGCUUGCUGAUAAGGAGAAGAAGAAGGCCAAGAAGGCUGAGACCGCAGAUUUGAAGACGGAAGGUGCUUCCACUGCUGCGGAUAUUUCGAAGCUAUCUUUGGAGGAAAAGAAAUAA